CCCAGCCGACCCGGGCGCGGAGCCGGCCGAGCGGUGAGACAUGAACGGAAGAGUGGAUUACUUGGUCACUGAGGAGGAAAUCAAUCUUACGAGGGGACCCUCGGGGCUGGGCUUCAACAUCGUCGGUGGGACAGAUCAGCAGUAUGUCUCCAACGACAGUGGCAUCUACGUCAGCCGCAUCAAAGAGAAUGGGGCUGCGGCCCUGGAUGGGCGGCUCCAGGAGGGUGAUAAGAUCCUCUCGGUAAAUGGCCAAGACCUAAGGAACUUGCUGCACCAGGAUGCUGUAGACCUCUUUCGUAAUGCAGGCUAUGCUGUGUCCCUAAGAGUGCAGCACAGGGUACAAGUGCAGAACGGGCCUCUAGGACAUCGAAGUGAAGGGGAGCCAAGUGGCAUCCCCAUAGCUCUGGUGCUGGUGCCAGUGUUUGCCCUCACCGUGAUAGCAGCCUGGGCCUUCAUGAAAUACCGGCAGCAACUUUGAAAAGCUUAGUCUCUUCCAGUGCUCCCAAUAGAAGACACAUUUCUCUCUCCCUCUCACCUUCGUCCCCUGCCAUUCUCCCAUAUCCUUCCCUCUCUCUGCACGGCCAACACAUCAUUGACAGAGACUGCUACCCAAACAGGACCUCGCUAUCCCAAAUCUCCACAUCCUCAUAUCUCAUGGGAGAGUGAAGGCAUUGUUUGAAAGAAGACUGAAGAAAAGACCUGCCUAGAACAAAUGGGGAGUUACAUAUUUUGCUAGGACCACCAAUAGAAGUUCAGCUACAACCCAAAGAGGGAACAGUCCAGUCUUCCCAUCAGCACGGGUGAUACCUUUCUCUUAGCUGGCAUGCCUCAAAGGCCAGCUAUGUGAUACAAGAGAAGGGAGAAUUUUUCUUCUUAAUGAUCUUCUUUGGGAAGUUUUUGUGGCCUUUAUUUAAUUUCUAUCUACAUACUUGGGUGCCUAUAUGAAAUACAGGAUAAUGACAGCAUUUUUACUUUUUUUAAAAAAGCAAGUGCAUGUGCACACAUACAUCCAUACAUGACAGUAUGAUAGUAAUGCCUUAUGGAGAAUUAAAAAGGUGGAAAGCU